AGUUUACAUUUAUAUAAUAGGAGGAAGGAAAGAGGGGAUAACAGAAAGGGGUGUUACACGGCUGUGAAUGAUGUAGUAAAGAUGGGAGAAAAAAGGUAAGACCACUCCGCACAGAGGGGAGCAAGGCAAAAGAUUCAUUCUUUUCCCUUGAAAACUACUAGACUAUGAGGAUAGGAGGAUUUGCUUAUUUGCAAAGGAGCCCAACUGUACAAUCCUAGCACAAGAUUGGCUGCUGCCUGUCUUGCCUCCCAAGGUCACAGUAGGAAUCCAACCUGGAGUGCAACAACAAAUUAUGUCAGCUGAGAGGAAGCUUCGUCCUUGACACAUUCAGGGUCUCCUGCGUGUUCUGGAUCUAGUGUUUCUGAAAAAUAUGGCAACUCAACAAGACAAGUUCAGAGGACCCAUUAAACAACUCUUAACAAAUUGGACUAAAAGAGAUGAGAAACUUGGCCAAGAGGAAGCUAUCAGAGACUUUCGUGAGUGCGGUUUCCACGGAAAAGUGAAGUAGCCAGAAAGUAAACCUCGAUAGAGGAAAUAGAAAUCCCCCAAUACUAGACUGAAGGAACGAGGGGAAUGGGGAUAAAAAAGAAGAGUAGAGCAACAAAAAGGUCCUCCAGGAGGGCUAGAGCAACCAGGUCGGAAACAGCAACUUCCGGGGGCGGGGCGUUUUCUUUUCCCCCGGCCGGAAAUGUGGACUAUAAACACUGCCAUAGUCGCUUCUCGUGUCGGUUCGGCAGUUGCUCCCUCUUGCCGUAGAUUCUUUAUUAGCAGUAGGGGUGUCAUGGCGAAGAGCAAAUUCGAGUAUGUACGGGAUUUUGAAACGGAUGAUACAUGCCUGGCCCACUGCUGGGUGGUCGUGCGGCUAGACGGAAGGAACUUCCAUCGUUUUGCAGAAAAACACAACUUUACAAAACCCAAUGAUAGCCGAGCCCUAGAAUUGAUGACCCGGUGUGCUCAGACUGUAAUGACACAACUAGAAGAUAUUGUCAUGGCGUAUGGACAAAGUGAUGAAUAUAGCUUUGUAUUCAAACGGAAGAGCAAUUGGUUUAGAAGAAGAGCCAGUAAAUUUAUGACAAACGUGGCCUCUCAGUUUGCCUCCAGCUAUGUCUUUUAUUGGAAGGAUUACUUUAAGGACCAGGAUCUUCUAUAUCCUCCAGCCUUUGAUGGAAGAGUUGUAGUGUAUCCUAGCAACCAGACCUUAAAGGACUAUCUCAGUUGGCGACAAGCAGAUUGUCAUAUUAAUAAUCUUUAUAACACGGUUUUCUGGAUGCUGAUACAGCGAUCUAAGUUAACACCAGCACAAGCUCAAGAAAGACUACAGGGAACACUUGCUGCAGAUAAGAAUGAAAUUUUGUUUUCUGAAUACAAUGUCAACUAUAAUAAUGAGCCAUCAAUGUUCAGGAAAGGAACUGUACUAAUAUGGAAAAAGAUUAAAGAAGUAAUAUCAAAGGAAAUCCAACUUCCAGGAGAAACAGAAGAAAAAACAGUUGAAGUGACACGGACAAGGACUAAACCAGUUGCUUUGCAUUGUGAUAUCAUUGGUGAUGCUUUCUGGAAGGAGCAUCCUGAGAUCCUUGAAGAUGACAGCUGACUUGUUUGUCUUUCCUUCUUUGUGGUUAUUCAUACAGACAUUCUAUUCUUUCUAGCUAACCUAACUCUGAUACAGGCAGAGUUCUAUGAAAUGCACAUUUUAUAUAAGCAGCGAGAAAGAUCCAUUUGAGGGAAGGAAAAUAGGGAAAAAGAGGUAGCAAAGUUUACUCUUCUGAAGCUGGGCACCUUUUUUAUUCCAUAGAAACAUGGAUCCAUUUGCAAAAACAAAAUUGUGAUAUUAUUUUUACAAAGUAGUUAGCUAUAUCUUGCAUAAUUAAUCUUUUAAAACUGUGGUAUAAAUCAUUUUAAAAGCUGCCACCUACUCCUAACUAGAGUUAGGUUACAGUGACCUUGAAAUUCUUACCUUUCUAAAUGAUCUGUGCAUUUCUCUUUGGCAGAACUGGAAAUAAACAUGGACUACAUGUUUAUGAAUUAAAUGUUUUUUAUAUAUCUCGAUUAUGGUGACUCUAGAUUGAUCGGUUGUAUGCAGUUCAGUUGGUUGAAUCACUAGGCAAUCAAUCAUUUUAUACCUGUGGGCUCUGCCAUUAUUUCCAGCUUUCUUCUCAAGAGUAGAAUUUCAAAUCCAAAUAUACAUACUUCUUUAGGAAGAAGAGGGGUAAAUAGAGGACUGGAACAGACCAAAGUAAUUCCUUGCAUUUUUCAACAUUUGUUAAAUAUCUAUUGUGUUGAGGGAAAUAAAGUUAGUAUAAAUAAUAGUUCUUUUUCAAGAGGCUUAGAGCUAGAACAGGAGAAAGAUACCAAUACAGAAAUCUUUCUUUUUAUACCAGUAUUACCUAUUUUAAAGUCAUACAUCUUCAGUUUCGAGACAGCUUUUUCUACUUGCAUAGGUGAAAUUGGCUCAUUUCUAUUUCAUGUUUUUUAGGGCUUUGUAAAUAAUUUUUUUUUAAAUUAAAGCUAUAAAUAGAUAAUUCUGCAACAUUAGCCCUUGUAAAACCUUGUGUUCCAGUUCCCCCCCCCCCUUCUCCCGCCCCUCUCCCUUUGAUGGCAAGUAGUCCAAUAUAUGUUAAACAUGGUAGACAUAUAUGUUAAAUCCAACAUAUGCAUACAUAUUUAUACAAUUAUCUUGCUGUACAAGAAAAAAUCAAACCAGAAAAGAAAAUGAUGAUGAAAAUAAAAUGUAAGCAACUAACAACAAAAAGAGUGAGAAUGCUAUGUUGUGAACCAUACUCAGUUCCCACAGUCCUCUCUGGAGAUAGAUGGCUCUUUUGAUCACAAAACCAUUGAAACUGGUCUGAAUCAAAUCAAUGUUGAAAAGAGCCCCAUACAUCAGAAUUGAUCAUUGUAUGAUAUUGCUAUUGUUAUGUUUUGUAAAUGAUUCUUGCUCCAGGACUCAAACUGGUUUUGAAGGACAGAUGGAUGAUUGAUCAGACCACAGAGGCUUUCAUUUUAGAGCAAUGCAAAAAAAUCCCUUGAAUAAAGUCAAGUCUGGACAGUUUCUUUGGAUUAGAGACUAUAAAUGUCUCUGAAUGAUACCAGCCUAAACAGAGAUAGGGAGGGUAAGAACAAGUAGUAUCUCUAUUAACAUUUAAGAUACUGGUUUAUUUAGAAUUGAUAGUGAAAGAAAUUGAAACAUAAUUAGAAGAAUUGAAAGAGAAAUAAAACCUGAUGUAUUCAACUGGAAUUCAUUCAAGGAACCCAUAUCCUGGUUUUUCCUAAAGCUUAAAGCCAAGAAGUAAAUAUAUCCCUAAAAUAUCUAAGUCUGGGCGCAUCCCUCACUAGUUGAUAUCCCAUCUGUUCAAAUUCCAGUCUCUUCCAUUCCAACAGGAACCCUUUGUUAGACAUGGCUGAUUGUUGGUUUUAAUUGUAUACUUGUUGAAAGUGAAAUAAAGGUUUAUGUGGUUUGAUUUUCCAUUUCUUGAUACAA